AUGGACCGUAAUUUGCCCGUGGCGAGAAGAACCCGUUUGCAGGAAGAAGAGGCUUUUAGAAAGUUGUUUGAGGCGACGACGAAGAAGAAAAAAGAUAAGAAUCAGAAGAAGACUAAUGGUCGUGCUUGUGAAGGAGGUACGGCAUCAGACAAACGGCAGGAUUUCGCUAGUAGUAGUGGUAGUCGUAGCAGUCGUUUUGCUGUUGAGAAAGAGAAUAGCGGUAUUUCUAAUGUACAUGUGAAGAAGAACUGUUCUAUUAGUCUUAAUUCUGUAGAGAAAGACAAUGUGGAACGUGGAACUGAAGAUAGCCCUUUUUGUAUUGACGACGACGAUGAUGAUCUUGAUUUUACUGACUGUAUUUCUGAGGGUGAGAUUGAUAAUGACGGUGAUGAUGAUGAGGAGGAAGGGGAAGAGGAGUGGAUUCCGUCUUCGGAAGACGAAGGCGGUUCCGGCAAGGAUCGCAGAAUGGCGAAGCAUAGGAAAACGGAAAAGGGGUCCAUCUCUAGGAAAAGUGAUAGUCAUGAGAUUAAUGAGAGUGAAGAUGAUGGUAUUUGGGUUACGAGGGAGGAUGAUGAUGAUGAUGAUGAGAAUAGUACUCAAGAAAGAGAGAAGACAAAUGUGGGCACUCCUUUUGAAGGGGAAGAGGUGGAGGUAUUGUCAUCGGACGGUGACGAGAGUGAGGAUGAUGAGGAAAAAGUUCAUAAUGACAAAAAUAGUCCGGAAGUGUGUGAUAAAAAGAUGGUGAGGAAAAAUGAAAACGAAAAGAGUAAUGCAGGUACUUGUGUUGAAGAGGAGGCUGAGGAGGUAUCUUCGUCAGAUGGUGAUGAGGAUCAGGAGAAUGUAAAACGUCGGAAAAGGGGCGAAAGUUCCGAAAACGGAAGAAGUGAUGAUGAUGGUGGUUGGACUGUAAGUGAGACUGAUGAGGAAAAGGAAAAAAGUACUAAUUUGGGUACUAAUUCUGUUAGGGCAAGUGAGCCAAUUGAGAUUGAGAUUACGAGUAGUAGUGAUGAUGAAGGAGAGUCGUUUCAAGUUGAAGAGGAGGAUGAGGAUGAAUCUGAGCAGGAUUGUUCAGUCAGUUCUGCUGAAAACACCAAUUCUAUAGCCCAAAGAACCCGCUCACGCCGCGGAAAGUUGAAGAAAGAACUCAGAAGUGCGAGGACUUCAAGUUUUGAUGAGGAUGAAGAUGGAGAAAGUACUGAAAUGUGUGUGAGCAAUGAGCAGAGGAAGAAGGGGUCGAAGAAGCCGACAGCGAGGAAGCAGAAAUGCACGGCCGAAGCUCGGAACAAGAAGGAGCAAGAGUUGAUAAGGAGGGGGACAAAGAGAAAGCUCAAACGUAGAGAAGCUGGAUAUGAUGUUUUCCAGAUCCUCGUGGAUUCCAUUUAUGAGACGGGACAAGUUUGUGUGGAAGAUUUAGAGUCAAAUAAGGACGAAACCGCAAUGGAGAAUGUGGACCGGUCAGUUCUUCCUUUGAAAUUCACAUUUGGAAUUGAGAAGCCAAACACGCCGGAGAAGUCGAAGGAAGAAUUAGAGAUUGAUGAGCUCUGGGCUGAAAUGGACCUUGCUGGCACAUACGAUGGGAUUGGUUUUUGCGCUGCUAAUGUGGUUGAAGAUGAAGACCCUCUUCCUUCCUGGACUGGAAUUGACAAAUAUAAUCUUUGCAAUGAAGCCCCUGAAAGGAAACACCGUCCAAAACUUGAAGAAGAGAUUGGGCUUAUUUGCUCAUACUGCUCAAAAGAAGAGAAAAAUCCUAGUGGAAGGCUUGAUAUAAGAGACCUCCGAAAAAGCGAUUGCUCUUUCUUUGAUGAACUUGGGUUUCAUGACUCAGAUUGCGAGUCGCAUUCAAGCAAUGGUGUUUGUGAUCGUGCUGAAACAGUCUGGGAUCUCAUCCCCGGUGUUAAAAGCAGUAUGUACCCCCACCAACGUGAAGGUUUCGAAUUUAUUUGGAAGCAUAUAGCAGGGGGCAUUCAUCUUGAAAAUUUCGAGAGCAUAGAAAACUACGCUGGUGGAGAAGGUUGCAUUAUAUCGCAUGCUCCUGGCACAGGGAAAUCUCGCCUCACCAUUGUGUUUCUUCAAACUUUCAUGAAACUGCACCCCAAAUGCCUGCCACUCAUUAUAGCUCCUCGCAGCAUGCUCUUGACUUGGGAAGAAGAGUUCCGAAAGUGGAAGGUGGACAUUCCAUUCCACAAUCUGAACAUUGAUGACUUGUCUGGUAAGGAAGACAAGAAGGCUCUCGCUUUGCUAAGAAAGGCUAGUUGCAUGGACAAAGAUGCAAUCCGCAUUGUCAAGCUGUAUUCGUGGAAAAAGGGUGGUAGCAUUUUGGCAAUCAGCUAUACAUUGUUUGAAAAGCUUGUUUCAGGACAAAACAAAGCCAAUGAUAAGUAUUUCAGGAAAAUUCUUCUUGAGCUUCCUGGUUUGCUAGUGCUUGAUGAAGGCCACACCCCUCGGAACAACCAAAGUCUAAUCUGGCAGGCUUUAUCAAACAUCAAGACUCAUAGGCGCAUUUUGCUAUCUGGAACUCCAUUCCAGAACAAUUUCAACGAGCUCUUUAACACAAUGUGCAUUGUGAAGAAGGAUUUUUCGGAAACAAUUGGAGCUGCUCCGAGUGUGUCUUGCGGUAUAAGGCUUAGUAGCAAAGAGAAGACAAGAAAACAGUGGUCGGAUUUGACAAAGUCCAUUGGAAAAUCUGCUGGUUCUCAAAUGGACCUGACGCGCCUCAAGUCAAUCAUUGAUCCCUUGGUUCAUAUACAUAGAGGCGAUGUACUUGAGAAAAGUCUUCCUGGUUUAAGAGAAUCAGUCAUCGUAUUGAAGCCAUUGGAGUUGCAAAGGAGCCUUCUUCAGGAAAUUGAAGCGGAGAAAAGUCAGCAGUUCGUUUUCGAAAAUGCAGUGUCUUUGACCUCUGUCCAUCCCUCGUUGUUGCUGGAGUCUAAAUCGGAGGCUUCUCAUGUCAAGAUUAAUGAGUUAAAAAGACUUAGAUCAAAUCCUGAUGCUGGUGUGAAGACAAAGUUUUUAAUGGAACUCAUUAAGCUUAGCACGGCUAUGAAUGAGAGAGUACUUGUUUUCAGUGAGUACCUUUCUUCAUUAUCUUUAAUGAAGGAAUAUCUCAUAGCUAAAUUUGGAUGGACAGAAAAGGAGGUUCUCUACAUUGAUGGCAAAUGCGACAUUAAGGAGCGACAAUGUGCGAUCAAUAAAUUCAAUGACAUGACUAGUGAGGCAAAGGUGGUACUUGCAUCAAUUAAAGCCUGCGGAGAAGGAAUAAAUUUAGUUGGGGCAUCAAGAGUCGUGUUGCUUGACGUUGUUUGGAACCCUUCUCUUGAAAAGCAAGCCACAAGGCGUGCUUACAGGCUCGGGCAGAAAAAGGUUGUGUAUGUGUACUACCUUAUUGCAUCUGGGACUAUGGAAGAAGAUAAGCACAGUCGCCAAGCUGAGAAGAAGAGGCUUUCUAAGUUGGUAUUUACGUCUUCAGACUCGGUUAGGAAUGAGCAGAAAAGCCAUUCUAGAGUCACAGAGGACACGAUCUUAGAACUGAUGGUCCAACAUGAAAGUCUCAAGCCUAUUUUUGAAAGAAUAUCAUUUAAGCAAAAAGAGUCUAAUUUGAUGGAAACAUCUUUCUUUGAGGAGAACCAACCAAUGGUAUCAUCAGAAUCUGAUCUUUGA